AUGAAUCAUCGUAAGCAGAUGGAUUUUGCAACAAAUUUGCCAAAGAAACUCAGAUUUGUUAAAUGGCAGGGCCCGAAGAAAGGUGGAAAGUUGGCACCAGCCAAGAGAAAACAGGAGAAGGUGGGCAACCCAUUGUUCGAGAAGCGUCCAAAGCAGUUUGGUAUUGGAGGGGCUCUACCUCCGAAGAAGGAUCUGCAUCGAUUUGUGAAGUGGCCCAAGGUUGUUCACAUUCAAAGGAAGAAGAGGAUCCUUAAGCAGAGGUUGAAGGUUCCACUUGCGUUGAACCAGUUUACCAAGACUCUUGAUAAGAACCUUGCAACAAGUUUGUUCAAGUUGCUUCUCAAGUACAGGCCAGAGGAAAAGGCAGCCAAGAAGGAUCGUCUCUUGAAAAAGGCCCAGGCUGAAGCUGAAGGAAAAUCUUCCAAGUUUGUUCAAAGGAAUAAUUAA